GGGAGGGGAGGUAUUUCCCGGGGAGGUGGCUGCCGUGCGGAGUAGUGACGUACACACGCAGACACGUACGCCCGGCCCAGGACAGGGGGGAGGGGCAACUAGAGUGAACCACCGUCGGCGACAGGUAAUAGAACGUAGGGAACGUUCUAAACACCAACGGUUUCAGUGGCUUCGAAGGUGCCAACUGGAAAAUGGAUGAUGAUGAUUUUGGAGGCUUUGAGGCAGCAGUGACCUUUGAAGGUGAAGAUGGUGAAACACAAACUAUUUCUCCUGCUAUUCCUUGGGCAGCAUUUCCUGCAGUAUCUGAAGUCCAUGUACUAGAAAGCGUUUCUUCAGAUGUUCUUCUGGAGAAUUCUCUGCCUUCUGCUUGCCUUGUCUCUUCCGAUUCACUCAUCUUAUCAGGUGAUGACGUACUGGCAGCUGUUCAAACAGCCAACAAUAUUUUAAACCCAGCUGUUCUUAAAGAACAGGUUCAGUUAUCAGCCAGUUCUUCCUUGGAUAUCUCAAUUCCUUCUCUGAGUUUAACAGAAGGAAAACCUUCAGAAAAUUCAACCAUCCCUGUGGGUGACUCUGAGAAGCCAGGGAUAAAUGGAUCAAAGAAGCAUCUUCACCCAACACUUGCAAGUCUAGAGAUUAAACUUAAAGAUGCAGAAGAAGAAAAAUGUAGAAUUAAAAAGGAUUUAGAAGAUUUGAUGGAAAAGCAUAGUAUCGUACAAACAGAUUCCUUGAAAGAAAAGGAAGGUGAAUUCAUCUCACACCAAGAUCGCUACAAAAAGCUGCAGGAGAAACACAAGCUUGAGUUAGAAGACAUGAGGAAAGCUGGACAUGAAGCCCUGACCAUUAUUGUGGAAGAAUUUAAGGCACUAUUGCAGUCUACAGUUCAGAAGCAAGAAGAAGCCAUUGAAAAACAGUACAUAGCUGCAAUUGAAAAACAGUCAUAUAAAUGUGAGGAACUGCUGAAUGCUCAGCAUCAGAGACUUCUUGACAUGCUGGAUACAGAGAAAGAAGUGUUAGCACAAAAAGUAGAAGCAGCCUUGAUCCAACAAUCACAAAAACAUAAGGAAGCACUGGAAAAAUGUUUGGAGGAACAACAGAAUAGAAGUAAAGAGGCUUUAGCAGCUGCUGCUAAGAUUGAAAAAGAAGUAAUGCAAGAGGCCAUUUUAAAAGCAGUCGAAGAGGAAAGGAGAAACAUGGAGAAAAUUCAUGCAAAAGAAAGAGAAAUAUGGCAGGCCGAAUGUGACAAAUACAAAGAAAAGAUUGCUCAGGCUGUUCAGGAGGCUGUGCAAGAGCAAAGAAAAACCAGUCAAGAAGUUGUUAAGGCAGAAAUAAUGGAAGAACGGAAGCGAAGUGAAAAGGCUGUGGAAGAAGUUGUGAAAAGAACAAGAGAGGAAUUGAUGGAAUAUAUCAAAGAACAGAAGAGGCUCGAUCAAGUUGUCCGCCAACGUAGCCUGUGUAGUUUGGAACUCUUCCUCUCAUGUGCACAGAAGCAAUUAAGCACUUUAUUGAAAGAAGAACCAAUCACUUCAGAGCAAGAGAAAGAAACUGAAAAUCUAAAUCACAAUGAAAACAUGUGAUUCAUGAUGCUACAGAUCUGUAUGCUGCAAAUUACAAAAUCUCUCUUCUUUUUAAAAUAUGGGACUCUAUCAUUUGUCAAGACUGAUCUAAAAUAAUGUUUAGUAGAAACUAUCUGCAGAUGACUUCAUUUGAUUUUUUUAAAUUAUUAUUACUUGUUUGCAAUAUUAGAAAUAAGAAAAUCAUUGGAAAAAAUUCUCUAUAUUAAAUUGUGCACAUAUUGUCAUCUUUAAAGCCUUCAGUGGCCUAUUAUUGACAUCUUAGGCAAAUGCAGUGCUGAUAAUAACAUUGCCUUGUUAUGGCUGUUUACAAGAGAUGUCAGCAUGUGUCCAUAUAAUUUAUUACUAUUUUUGACACAGAAAAAGGCUGUGAUUUGGCCCCGAUUCAGCAAGGCACUUAACUACAUAUGAAAAUCUACCCAUAUCCCCCUGGUACAUGAUCAGUGCAUUGCUGCAUUGGGGGCCUUAGAAUCUUAUCAUCACAUUUCUUAUUUAUCAUUGCUGUCAAUACUGAGUCAUAAGAAUGCUGCUGAACAUUUUUAAAAAAUUGUUUCUGAAGAUCAUUCUCCAGCAUUGGAAGAGGAAUGUUAAAAACCCCAAACACCACAUCUUUUUACACUGAGACAAAAAAGUCUAGAAGUCACUUGUAUUGUAAAAACUCAUCUGUGGUGUAUAUUUCUCCUUUCUUUUCUUUUUUCUCAUUAAAGUGGAUCUUCUGUAAUUGACUUAUAGGAAAGGAUACAUUUAAAUAUUUAGGGUGAAGCACUGCACUUCUUACUUAGGUAGAAUUCCCACUGACCUGAGUGAAAGCCCUACCUGAGUAGGGAAUGAAAGAUGGUGCCCUUAAAGUGCCUGAUUGAAAGCCUGGUUGAAGUCAAUGAAAAUUUGCCCAUAGACUUCAGUGUGCUUUGGAUCAGGCCUUUAGGCUCUAACCCUGUAGUGGAGAGCAUGAAGGUGGACUGCUGUGCCUGUGCACUAUUGAUUGUAGAAUUGGGGCCUUCGUUUGUAAGAUUUCAGAAUCAAGUACUAAAAAAUGAGAAUGUUGCUCAUAAUUAUGAAUGUAAAUAAAUGAUGGGUGAUAUCUCACAUAACAAGUUAGUUCCUCAUUGGGGAAUCAUGGACUUUUAUUCAGUGCAAUUUUAAUUAUAAGUAGACAUUUUGCCAUUGAAAUUAAUUAAUUUGACUUUACUGUAAGUAGAGCUGAGUGUGAACCAAAAAAUCCAAAAAUAAUUUCAUUCCAAGCUCAUCUGAAGUGGAAAAAUGUUGUUUGUUUGAAACAAAUAAAAAGGAAAAAAAAAACAAGUUUCAGAUUGAACAAAAUAUUUUGUUUGGCCUCAAAUGAUUUUUUUUUCAUUUUGCUUAGUUUUGGGGGUGUUCUUUACCUAUUAUUUUUGUUUUUAAAUAAAUCUAGCUAAAUUUUAUUAUAUCUCUAUACUUGGCACUGGUGCAACUGCUGCUGGAAUAUUGUGUCCAGUCCUGGUGCCUGUUAAUCAAGAAGGAUGUUGAUAAAUUGGAGACGAUUCAUAGAAGAGCCACAAGAAUGAUUAAAGGAUUAGAAAACAUUCCUUUGAGUUCCGUGAGUCUAUCACAAUAUCUAUUUACCUUAACAAAAAGAAAGUUAAGGGGUGACUUGAUUACCUUAUGGGGAAUAAAUAUUUAAUAAUGGGCUUUUCUGUUUAGCAGAGAAAGGUGUAACUCGAUCCAAUGGCUAGAAGUUGAAGCUAGACAAAUUCAAACUGGAAAUAAGGUGUAUGUUUUGAACAGUGAGAGUAAUUAACUGUUGGAACUACUUACCAAGGAUCAUGGGGUAGUAAAUUUCAAAAUCAGUAUCGGAUGUUUUUCUAAAAGAUCUGCUCAAGGAAUUAUUUUGGGGAAGUUCUAUGCCCUGUAUUAUACAGGAGGUCAGACUACAUUAUCAUAAUGGUACUUUCUGGCCUGGGAAUUUAUGAAUUUCAAGCCAAAGCCUCAUUCUGAAAUGAAGUGGAAAUGUUUUGUUUUGAAAAUGUUGAAUCAAAACAUUUUGUGUUUUUAAAAAAAAAAAAGUGUUUUUUAUUUUUCAGCCAAAACUAAUUGCUGAAUUAACGAAUCGUUUUGGUCGACCUGAAACUGCAUUUUUUGAUGAAGAAACUAUUCAUCUAAAAACUCACUCAGUUCUAAUGGCAAAUGUUUCCUUUUUCAUAUAUAAUGGGCUUUCUUGCUACAAUAAAUAAAACCUUAAAUGGUGGUGCAUAAAAAAUACAAAUUUGGUGAAGGAAGUUUUUUCUGCCAUGUUAAACACAUUUUUAUUUAAUUUUUUCUGUGUUUUAUUUUGCAUUUAAACCCAAAAUUAUUCAUCUCCUUUACGGACAUGAAUGUCCCUUAAGAAAUAAACAUUGCUGAUUUUUAUUGAUUGAUGUUUUCUACCGACCAGUUAAUGAAAAUCCAUUGUCCAUGCUGAUUCCUUGAGAUUUGUCUGUCCCUUUUGGUACUGAGUUACAGAUCCUAGUGGGUCAAAAUAAUGCUGGUUAGCUAGUGGAAAUAGUCAAAAGGAAUGGUGUAGAUGAAACUGGCUCAUUCAGUUUUAACUGUCUGCCCACUUUUGUUACUCAGGUCACAAUACAGGGUUUUUUUCUGAGUCAUUGGAAGGAUUCAAUAGCAUCAGUGGUUGGAGCACUUUUUACCACCUGUGCCGAGUGAACAGUCUUCUUAGCGUAUUCACGACAUGUUUUGUGACCAGGAUUCAUCACCGAAUUUGGUCCACUGGUUGAAUCAUUAGCUAGCCUAGGCCAGGCCAGGUAUUGACGGGGAAUGCAACGUGAAUGCUGAUCCCUGCCCUCCAGGUCAACAGUUUACAAACUUCUUCUUUGCAUAUGGCCCCCCAGACACCAUAAUUCAUGUAUUUGUUAGCUCAAACUUGGAUUGCAUGGAGCUACAUCUGAAUCAUUUGGAAAGUUCAGUUAUACAAAGUACAACUGCUUAUGUUUUUAGUGCCAUUCUCACAAACAGCACAUUUCACCUGUCCUCGCGAUCUGCAUAGGCUCUUUUCCGGUACACUUAACAUAUUCGUUUUACCGUAUAGAGUUGUAAAUGGAUUAUCAUUAUUUAUUUGUGCAGUAGAUGUUACAACAGCUCCAAUCAGGAUCGGAGGCCCAUUGCUUUAGAAGCAUGGUCCCAGUCCCAAAGAGUUUAUAUUCUGAUUUGAAGCAAGAUGCAAAAAGUAAGCAUAACAAACAAUAGGAGGGAAGAAGGGAAGAAGAUAACAGUAAGAUCAUCAUGGGGUGUCCAUAGACUAGUGACGUGCACAGCUUACAGUUAUCCCAACUUUACCCAACGUAACAUACCAUUAGUGUCAUGGAAUCUUGUAGGUACUGCAAGUAUUGCAGCAGAGGUGGGUCUUAAUGAGGAAUUUGAUUAGUUCCAGGAGGGCAUUUUUUCCAUGCAUAAGUAGACAGAAUGGAAGAAAGUUUUAUGAAGUGUUUGUUGGAGAAGUUUACAAUGCAAAGAUUUCACUGGCAAACACUGUAUGAUCUUUCCAUCAGUUGUAACCAUCAUCUGCUAUUUAAUCUUAACAUUUGAAUAUUAUGAUUAUCUCAGACAGCUGCAGGUACUUUUACCUUUAACAGAUUUAGUCCUUUUAAUCUCCCUCUCCAGUCUCCAAGCAAAACUGCUGAAUUAAUGUCUGCUACUGAAAGUGGUGACAAAUACAAAUCAGAAUGAGACCACAGUCAUGUAAAAUCAGAUUGAGGAUUUGGACUGCAUUCAAAACCCAAGUCUUGGGGGAGAAAUUAUGUUAUCUUGCAGAAAAGAGCCACCCAACAUACAAACUCUGCAGCAUGUAACUAUAGUAAACCCCUGUCUGCUGUAAGAGUUGAUUUUUUUUUUAAUUAUUUUUCAUCACUUCUGUGUAACUGCAGUAGGACAGAGUGGUCUACAGUGGCAUUUCAUUUUUAUUUUUUUGCCAACUUUAGGCAUGGGAGAUCACAAUCCUUUUUUUGUUCUGACAUACUGAAGAAUGGCAAGUUCUGUGUAAAUAUAAAAUAGAUUAAAGGCUUGCUGGGUGGAACUUUGUCUGCCUCUUUGAGAAACUGCCAUCAUCUUAAUACAAUGGACACUUUUAUGGUCAGGCCAAAACUCUAAUAUUUUUAAUAUUGCAGAUGGUUACGUACAGUAAUUUUGGCAAUCAACCAUUGAAAAACAGGAUGCUAACCGGACUCCUAAGAGUGGCACAGGGAACUAAAAUCUCCAUCUCAGUAAGUUUUCAGCUUAGAACAUUGAUUUGUUUAUCAUUUUUAUUGUUAAUAAUCUGUAAUACUUGUUAACAUUGUAAGUGUUAAAAACGAUAUCAUGUGUAACGAACACUGGCUAAACGACCAUAAGCAAAGGGCAAUGUUAAACUGGAGCGUACCUAGUUGGGUACUGCAGGGGAUCAGUGUUAGGCCAAUCCUCAUUUAACACCUUCAUUAAUCUAAAAAGAGGGAGUAAACAGCACACUAAUGAAAUCUUAGGGCAUGAAUUUAAUUAAUCAUUGCAUUAAUUAGUUGUUAGUGUUAGGUAUCAUCCAUCCAGGAUCCCAGUGCAAGUUUCUGGAUCAGCUGCUGGAUCUUGCAUAUAGAAACCUCUAGCAAAGGGUCACAGCCGGACAAGAUUAUAUUUUCCACAGGCAUUUUGUAUGCUAUCUCCAACUACAGUAACAAUGAGAAAAAGUUUGAAUAUAGUUCUACUCUGGGAGUUUAGCAUGGCAUUUAGAGUCUAUCACUGUUUUUUAAAACAAUUCCAAACAGAGAGAACAUGUUGGUUACUUUCAGAGGAUGAAGAUGAUGUAAUUGUUUUAAGACUUUGAUGUCCUGAUUCUCAUUUACUUAUAUAUCUCCUCACUGUAUGUUCCAUUCUAUGCAUCCAAAGAAGUGGGCUGUAGCCCACAAAAGCUUAUGCUCAAAUAAAUGUGUUAGUCUCUAAGGUGCAACAAGUACUUCUGUUCUUUUCACUUACAUUACUGCUCCUUUAUACCACCCUAAGCUCCCCCUAGUGUUCACUUUGACCUGCUGACAUGAAAACCACUUUGUCCACAUUACCUGCCACAUGCUGAAAAAUACACCUCUUUUACUAGUGUAGAUGCACCAUGAGACUGUAAAGCAUCCUUAAAGUGGGCAUAAACAAAAUUUACUCCCCCUUUAUGGCCACUUUAUGCUGCCGGAGCAGUGUCAAGUGGCCUUAAUGUAAAUGAGAAGUAAGCCCUUCAAGUCUUUAAGGAAGAGGACAGCAUGGCAGUAAUGAAAAUUGAUCAGAAAAUUACAGUGACUUCAGCAUUCUUUUUUCACAAGGAAUUCAAUAUGGUUUGUAGCAGUGCUGCAGAAUAUUACACAAUCUGGGAGGCAUUUUUCCCUGUGUAAUAUAGCCUUUAGUAUUCAGUGCACUUAUAGGAAUAGGUUUAAUAAUGUUUUCUCUCCUUUGCUUAGGCCAGGAGUAUUGGUCUAAGGCUCCAAGAAAGAGGGGUCUGUACAUUAAUAAAGCUAGAGCACAGAUUACAAGAAAAUUGCCAGUACUGCUGAAUAGCGAUUUUAAGCCGUAUUCAGACAUGGUAUAACUUCAUUGAAGUCAAUAGUCAAUUGCACCCACAUAUACCAAGUCUGAGUUUGCCUUUAGAGUGUGUAUACUUCAUUAGCUAAAGGAAGGAGGUGCGUAGACUUUGUUGUAGACAUUACCUAACCAGUUCAUUUGCCAUGAUGAUGCAGUAUCUAAAAAUAAAUAAAUAAAAUGCCCUCACCAUCUCACUAAUAUGUGGCGCAAAAGGUCAGUCUUUUUUUUGUACCAUUUGCCACAUAUUCACAUGGUAUGUUUUUAUGAUUACUACAUUUCUAUGGGAAGAAUCACUAACAUGACUUUAUAAAGGCGUACAGUAGCUUCCUAAGAGCACCGACACUCAGUUGAAGGUGCUAGUGAUGUUGUGGUAUUUGGCAACCCAAAA